CGCCUGGCUGAAUGAUGGGUUUGUUUCUGAUUACUGAGGGUUUGGACUGGAAAGGCUGAGCAGUCCAUUUUUUCCGUCAUCUGUUCCUGCCGUUCCGAAUGGGUUUUUCGUCGAUGAUUGUUUCCAAGGUUGAUGCAGGGAUUCUUGCGGCAUUGAAAUCUUUAAAAUAAUUGACUCAUUUGAGCUUGGGUUAGAGCUUGAUGGCCACUUUAACCUUCCAGAUCGAUACCAACGGAGGAUGGUUUGAAUUGGUCAUCGUAUUAUAAAGCUAAGGCUUUUUUUUUUUUUGGUAAAAAAAGCUAAGGCUUUCGAUCCCUGUAUAAGAAGGAAGUUAAAAGAUUGAGCUGAAGCGUAGUUGAAAAGUUUUGGUUGCUUGUCUGAUCAUAUGUGAGAUUGUUGGAACGAAUCAUGCAUUUAUCAAUCAUUUCGAGAAGCAAUAUAGGGACAAUAUAUCAGUAAAGGAAAAUGAAAACAGAACCAACUCCCUAAAAUUGGUCUUCUAUCUCAGCCAAAUGCCUGACUUUCAUCUAUUUCUGCUAUGAAGAUUUCUUACCUCUUGUCCACAAGGACUAAUUAACUAAGAUGCAUUGAAGUGGUUCCUUACCUGGACUAUGGUCCUUCAAUAUUAACCUCAUUUGAAGCUUAUCUUCUGGCCCUAAAAGACUAUCUGGUGAAUGGAUCCAUCUAGUUCGCGUGCUUCAAAACAUGAUGCUGAGUCGAUUGCAUUGGAGACCUUGCUUGAGGCCUUUGGUUCAGCUUGCUCCCUUGAAGAGAUAGCCUCUGCUUAUUGCGAAGCGAAGGGUGAUAUGAGCAAGGCCGGUGAUAUCCUCUUACAGCUUCAAGCAAAAAACUCUAAUGAUGUUUUUCAUGCUCAAAAUGGUGAGAUGAAUAUUUCUCAAUCGGUGGAGUUAUUGCACAAGGAUAAUGUUGAGAGUUCAGCUUUUACACGCAAGAAUUCUAAGGGAGCAAAGCCAAGGAAGUUCAGUGCUUCAAUGGGUACUGUGUCAAGUUUUUUGGGCAAGUCAUAUGCCCGUCCAGCUUCAGCUUUUCUUGAAUCAUCUGCAAAGAGCAAACCUCUAAAGAUUGAAGUGAAGGGAUCAGCAGAAGAUGAACAUGACAUGGAGAGAGUGGAAUCGCAUUUUGUGCCUAAAAAAGAGCUUUCAACUGAUACGGAUAUUGAAGAGUUUCUUUUUUCUAUGCUCGGAGAUGGGUUCAAGCUCAACAUGGACAUGAUUAGAGAAGUUCUUGGUCAAUGCGGAUACAAUAUUAAGAAGAGCAUGGAGGAAUUGUUGGCAUUAUCAGCAAAAAACUUGGACAAGAAUAAUUCAGUUGACAAUAAUGUAGUGAGAGAAUCGACAGGUGGAUGUUCAAAGUGGGAAACUUCUCUUUCUGAGGAAAAUUAUCUGAAAUCUUCUACUCAAAGCAACAUUAUAGAAUCAUCUUGCCUGGACAAAAAGAGAUCUAGCUUGUCAAGGGAAGUGCUACAAUCAUUGUUUAAUGCUCCUGAAAGAUUGGAGGAACCAAAACCAAAACGCCUAGAAUGGGGGUCAAAUAGAACUAGAGUUGUUGGACAAAAGCCAGUUACGAAACCUCUAGAGGACCUUUCUUUGUCAACUAAGAUAGAAGAUCCAAAGGUGAAACUUGACAACAAAGAUGUUGUAGAUGAGGAGGAUGACUACCAGUUCCUUCGGAGAGCUACAAAACAGCACUGGGAUGCAAUGAAGCAAUAUUAUGAAGCUGCUGUAGAUGCGUUUACCAAGGGUGACCGCAAGAAAGCCAACUACCUUCUAGAGGAAGGAAAACACUAUAACCAAAAGGCUCGAGAAGCAGACGAAAAAUCUGCUGUGGAGAUACUUGACACAAGAAAAUCUGGCAUUCAAGGGAAAGUUAUUAUCCUUGACCUACAUGAUCAUCAUCCAAAGGAGGCAUUAGAUUUGUUGAAGUUACAUCUACGUUCACUAGCUAACAUUCCAUCUUUUAGACACUUGAAAGUUAUCGUGGGUACCAAUGCUGCAGAUAUCACAAAAGGGAAACGGAAACGAAUGGUUGUGAAGCUUCUGGAGAAGGAAUCCAUUAAAUGGACUGAAGAGGAAGGAAAGCCCGGUACAUACUUAAUUCAGCUGGAUCUGAUAGAUCCAAACAAGUUGAGUUUUGUAAAGGUCUCAGAGUGAUCCCAUGUUUUUAGCUUGCCUUCAGGACUAGUCCUCUUUCCCAGUGAGCAGAAAACACGCCGCUAGGGGACUCCCAAAAAGGCACUCUUAUUUCUUUUGAAGGCGGUAUACUUCAAUUUUUGGUAGCUUGAAAUGAUGAUGCGCAUAGCUGAAAUGAGCCAAAAAAAAAAGAACUAUUAUUUUUUAUUUGUUUUUUUUUUCUGUUGAAGCACCAACUUGCAACUUGAUUUUGGAAGCAAUAUUAGACUCUUUGCUCAUUAUUAGCAAGCAAAUGAAAAAGUGGUGUGUUAGAA